AGCUAGUAAUGGCUGAGAGUCUUGAAGGAAGACAUGGCAGAAAUGCCAAAUUCUAUGCCAAAUUAGCAGAAUAUGAUUAUAGGGUUCAUUUGCUUUCGUACAAGAUGGUGAUGAAGAUGAUAAUAGCUAUCAAGCUUACCCUUACCCAUGCAAGAGAUGAGGCAUGAGUUUCAGUAGACAAGUCGAAUCUAGCUACAAACUCACAAGCUGGUUGACAUGUGUGGUCAUAGAAAGAUGUUUGUGGGAUCCCUACUAGUUACUAGUUCUGAGAUUAAGCAUCAACCUUUUUCAGGAAAGAAAGCGGCAGAAUAAGGAGGAUGGAAUCAAUGAAUUUGUUCUGGUUUCUAGAGAAGUAUAAUCUUUAAUUAAUGUCAAAUCCUGAAAGGUCUUGUCGCUAUUGCAUAUCCUUUUCCACCAUUGAAACUUGCAUUUGGCAUUGGAUUUAGUUUAUCAUUAUGCCAAGAAAAUUCCCUCUGUAACUCCACUACUACAACAACUUGAUGUAAAAUGAUUUUCUGAUGGACAGUACCACUGAAUGGCAUCACCAUGUGAUCCUAAAACUUGUCAUUUUCUAUUACUACAAUCUGGUGGGAUCUACAUUUGGCGAACCCCACUUCCCAAUUAGGAUGCUAAACUUCGAAAUUGGUUUUCAUUUAUUAUUAUCACUUGGAUCCUUUCUAUUUUACCCUAAUUUUUAUCCAUUGGUUCCAUUUCAUGUCACGUAUCUCUCAUCUACAGCAACUUAUUCAGCAGGAGACACAUGGAAUCUGACAUGGGUCGGUAUAGAAUUCAGGGAAGCAAACUUUUUUUACGCAGGGAAACCAAGGAAACUGAUUCUUGAAGCGGCUUAGGCCUCCCUUUUUUAACUUGGCUGUUGUAUUUUGUUUGAUGAAGAUGAUUGCGGUAGAGCUGCUUCUUCUGUUGCGGUCUGAGACAGAGCCAGGGCUAUUUCUCCCGCAGAGAGACAGUCCCAUCUUUGUUGACUGUUGUGAGAAAAGGGAUACAAAGUAAAUGGUUGCAAUUGGAGCACGUAAUUGUCUCUCACUGUUCCCUUCCUUCCAUCUGCCGGUUCUCAAUACGGCCAUCUCCUGUCACCCCCAUUAACACUCUUUAGUGGUCCCAUUCAUGUCAAAACACCUACCUCCACCUCCACAUACCCAUGAAGAUAAUCUUUUUUAGAACAUUUUUAUAUAUUUUUGGAGGGCCACUCACAAAGAUCCACUAGAUUUGACACUUAAUUCAAUUCAAUCUUUAAGGAAUUGGAAAGCGUAAGUGAUAACCCCAUCCGCACCUCCUUACAUCUUUCUUAUUGGCUUAAGCUCCGAGUUGCCCACAAUCGUGGCAUUAUGAUCUUGCGCCCUCAAAGUCUCACAACAUGACAGCUAUUAAACUUUCAGGGCCUCUUCAUGAUUCGAGUCAAUUGUAACUGGGGCUAACAUGUAUGGACUGCGUAACAUGAAGAUUAAGAGACGGCUGGGGGAAAUUAGUUCUUGAUUUUCAUCUUUACAAGUCGUAAAUUCACUGUAUAGGAUGAAUUUUUAUCAAAUCUCAGCCAUUUCUCUACUUUCUUGAGGAAAAAAACUCUACCACUAGCUAUAUAUGUAUGCAUUACGAAGCCGAAAACAGAUGGGACCUUGUAAAACAUAAAACUACACAAUGCAUGUCACCUCCUAAAUUGGGCAAAUGGUCAAGGGAUGUUUUAAAGUUUUGUGUUGAUGUGGUCGCAGACAAAGAAAGAGAGGAUGCUUGUGGAAGGUUUUAUCACAUGGGUUAUGGAUAUAGAAAGAAAUUAUAUGGCAUGCAUAGCAGCUGCCUUACAAAAUGCAAACGUUUCCCUUCCCACAAAAGAAUAAAAAGCCACUCUCACAUAAUAUACCAUUAUUCUCCUGUCAUUUCACAACUAGGGUGGAAUUUGCUUCUCCCAUCCAACUGCCACUUGCCUCUCCAAAGAUAAACUUGUUUAAUAUUUUCCAUUUAUUAAAGACCCAAUAUUUAUUUUUCAUUUUUCUAAACCUAUAUGAAAGGAAGAGCAUUAUCCUGAUUGAUCUAAAAACGCUUCCCAUUAUCAACAUAAUUCAUGGACAAAGAAGUUAUGACGGUAAAAAAUAUUUAUAAUCUGCCAAUCAUCAUUGUUAAUGAUAAGACCUAGAGCUGCCUCUCCUCUACACUAAAAAUUAAAAGCAAGAACAAUUUUAUUUGAAGUGGCCAACCCCAUAACAGAUAACGAGAGAGAAGCAAAAAGAGAGAGAGAGGAGGACCCCUCAUCUAUCAACCUAGUCAUAAAUUUUCAACAGUAGUAGGCACUUUUUCAUGAAAAGCUAUGAGAUAUACAGUAGCAAAAAUGCUCAUAUGACUCUGAAAUUUACUUUUUAUAUACUGAGAAUACCUAAUAAUCACAAAUUUUUCACAGCAUUCCCUUCAUAAUCUUGACACGUUUCUUGAAACGCAGCAGUAGGACCCAGUCCCUUCAUGUAUAUAUAGCCACAUCCUUCAUGCCCUCUCCUUCCAAGUAUCCAUAUUCAGAACUCCCUAAAACAAACAAACCGCACAAAGCUCGUCAUACCUUUGUUCCUUCAUUAACAUUUGUUUUUAUUUAUUUUCUUUUGGAAAAUUUUUUAAAAAAAAUAUAGCUUUCCUUGCUGGAUAUGUGCAACCCAAAACCAUCUUCUCCAUCCUCGUUUCUUUGUCCCAAGACAACCUGUUUCGCUAAAUCCAACAAAACAAUGGAUCUUUGUAAUGACGAUGAAGAGGAACUACAUAGAUGGCCAACUCUUUCUGAGGUGUUAGAAGAAAUCAAAGCCAUAGGGAAAAUUUCAGGUCCUACAGUACUUACAGGUCUUAUUCUUUAUUCAAGAGCCAUGAUCUCCAUGCUUUUUCUUGGUUAUCUUGGGGAACUUGAGCUUGCUGGUGGCUCUCUCUCCAUUGGUUUUGCAAAUAUCACUGGAUACUCUGUUAUCUCUGGACUUGCUAUGGGAAUGGAGCCCAUUUGUGGACAAGCUUAUGGUGCUAAACAAUGGAAGCUUCUUGGCUUAACUCUUCAAAGAACUGUUCUUCUUCUUCUCUCCACCUCUGUGCCCAUCUCUUUCAUGUGGCUGAACAUGAAGAGAAUUCUUCUAUGGUGUGGUCAAGACCAAGAAAUAUCUUCAGUGGCUCAUACUUUCAUUCUUUUUUCCAUCCCUGAUCUCUUCUUCCUUUCUCUCCUCCAUCCACUUCGCAUCUAUCUUAGGACUCAAAGCAUCACGUUACCAUUAACUUACUGUUCAGCCAUCUCUGUUCUCCUUCAUGUCCCUCUGAACUUCCUCCUUGUUGUCCAUUUCAAAAUGGGUAUUGCAGGAGUAGCCAUAGCCAUGGUUUGGACUAAUCUCAAUGUCUUUAUCUUUCUUUUUUCCUUUGUCUACUUCUCUGGUGUAUAUAAAGAUUCCUGGGUUUCUCCGAGCAUGGAUUGCCUCAGAGGAUGGUCAUCUUUGCUUUCUCUUGCAGUGCCAACUUGUGUUUCAGUUUGCUUAGAGUGGUGGUGGUAUGAAUUUAUGAUAAUGCUAUGUGGUCUUCUUGUUAACCCAAGAUCCACCAUAGCUUCAAUGGGUAUCCUUAUUCAGACAACCUCUUUGGUGUACGUUUUCCCAUCAUCUCUAAGCCUUGGAGUCUCAACCAGAGUUGGGAAUGAGCUAGGGGCUAACCGGCCAGCGAAAGCUCGCAUUUCCAUGAUUGUUUCUUUGGUAUGUGCAUUUGUUUUGGGGCUGCUGGCUAUGCUAUUCACAUCAUUGAUGAGGCAUCAAUGGGGCAGAUUUUUCACCAGCGAUGCAGAGAUUCUGGAGCUUACUGCAGUAGCAUUGCCAAUUGCAGGGCUUUGCGAGCUGGGAAAUUGCCCACAAACAACAGGUUGUGGAGUUCUAAGAGGAAGUGCUAGGCCUACCAUUGGAGCUAAUAUCAACCUGGGUUCAUUUUACUUGGUUGGAAUGCCCGUGGCAAUCUUGAUGGGGUUCGUAGCUAAAAUGGGAUUUGCAGGGCUGUGGCUCGGGUUGCUUGCAGCUCAAGCUUCAUGUGCGAUCCUCAUGCUAUAUGUGUUAUGCAGAACAGAUUGGAUGGCUCAAGCAGAGAGGGCUAAAGAACUUACAAAAACUUCUUCUGCAACAUCUAAUAACACUUCAAUCUUACCAAUAUCAUCAUCAUCACCACCAUCAAACCCAGAGAACAAGAUUAAGCCUCAGCUUGAAGAGAUCCUGAGCAUUGAUCACGAGCUUGUGAAGUCAAGUUCACUUGAAACAGACCCUCUGUUAUCUACAAAAAGAACUGUGCAUUGAUUAAAGUUCACUGCCCCACCAUUUUUGCCCCACUCUUGAGGAGCUAAUGUGAAUUUUUAUUUAUUGUGCCUUUUUUUUGGGGGAUUUGCUCUUCUCCUUGUUGUAUUAAUAACAUUGUGGGAAAGAGUAGACAUACUUUACAUUAUUUUAGAGUUCUCCAUAUUGGCAUAGAGAGGAAAUGGAAGGAAAGAAAGUGAGAAGGAGAGAGAAAGGAAAGGCUUUAGCUGUCGGUUAUUUUUGAAGCCUACCUUUCUCAUUGUUCCCUUCCAUAUUGGGUAACAACCUUGACUGCCUAAAAUAGAAAAUUAGCAUAAUCUCCCUCUAUUAUCUUAAUACAUAAGCAGGAAUCCUAUUCUCAGCCUGUAAAGCUUGGUGAGAAGUAAUAAAUAUAUACAAGUUUUGUUUU